UCGUUAAAAUUGUAAGAUUUAGUCAGAGGUAGAAAACUGUACAUUCAGCAAGGUGGUAGUUUUAAAAAUUAGAAAUUUAUUUCUUAACAAUGGAAAUUCUGUUAAUAUUAUAGGUGUGAAUUUCACUUAAUGUUUUAAGUAAAUUAUUCUCUGUGUAUUUUGAAAAUUUCAUCCCAUUUCAAGAAUAAUAAAAUAGUCAUUCAGUAUUUUAAUAAUUUAAAACUUGCUGUUUGUACCAAAAUUGCAAACAUUAUGGUAAGAAAAGUAUCGAUUGUUCAUUAUCGAAAGCAAUUUCUGUAAAGUUUUCUGGUUAUCCUUAGUUAAUCUUCUGAACUUCUGCAUGUUUAUCUUAUAAUUUUUCUUAUUAAAGAAAUUAUGUUAAUUUUUAAGUUUAUACAACAGUUAUAAUUUUUUUUUUAAUUUGAUUUUUCUAUUUUUGAUUUAAUAAUAGUAGCAAUUUUAUUUUUUAGAUUUUUAUAUCUCUUGAUCUGAGGUAAAUUGGCUCUUCUGUUGUUGAUGAUGUCAUCUUUAUCUGUUUAUAUGUUAGCUGCAAACCAUUUUCUCUAUUGCAGCCAUUCCACGCAUUGUGUAUAAUGCUAUUAAUAGUAUGGAGUUAGUUGAUAAAGAACCAUCGUGGAAAAUAAUGGAUAACAGAGGAAGAGUUACAGUUGUACUCCAUUGGGAUCAGAAGGAUAUUCAAAAGUCAUCGGAGCCUGAACCAACUAUCAUUACUUCAGAUUCUUCAUGGAAGGUUGAGGUUGUAUCAAAAGAUAGUCAGAAUGAAGCCAAUGUAAGAGAGAGAUCUGAGGCUAGAAAAUUUUCUAAAGUUAGUUUUGAUGGCAUUGCUUCUAGACCAACAAUAGUAAUCAACGAAAAUCAACCAGGUGAUGAGGAACAGUCUGAAAGUCCGAAUCAAAACGAUCAUUUAGAUUGUGACUUUCAUUGUUCCGGUUUACACGAUGGUGCUAAAAUACAAAUAAAUAGAUCGGCAGCUACCUCUCCAAUUCCCGAGGGAACCGAAGUGCCAAGAAAGGAAUGUAUUGCAAUCCAAAAGAGAGACUUUUCGAAAAAUCAAGUCACAUUAAUCAAUAUACCCAAAGAAAAUAAAGAGGAGGGUAAUGAAAAUUCUAAUGUGGAAGACGAGCAGCUUUCUGAAAGAUAUUUACUCCUUGUUGAUCAAUUGUCUCUAGAGAGAAAUCGUCAUUUAAAUCUAGUUGAUAUUGGAAUAAUUUUAGAUCAGUUAAGCUCUAAGAUAAUAGAUGUUGAUCAUUUAGAAAGAGAACAGGAAAGUUCUGAUGUUCAUAAUUGGACCAUCAAAGCAACAAUUCGUGGCGAUGUUCUUCAAGAAAUAGGUGUAGUGUACAAUGGGCAAUAUUAUGGUAUUAUGGAACAUCCAGGUUACUUUUAAUAUCUUAUUUAUAGUAAUAAAAUAUAGACAUGUUUUAGAUUUGGUUAGUGAUAAUUGAUGUAAUAGAUGAUAAUAUAAAUUUCAGGUAAUAUACAAUUACAUAUUGAAAUUAGAAUUUUCAGCUAAGCAAAUAUUUCAAGAAAAGAAUGAUAAUGCUCAAUGAGAUUGACAAUACAUUGUUGUGAUAUUUUUGUUGUUUCAAAUAUGAUAGAUUAUUCAAUAUUCAUAUAGGACUCUUAAACAAAUUGUACAAAAUCUUGUAAUGUUGCUUUUUGAAGUUAUAUAGCCUUUACGCUAAAUACUAUAAUUGAAUUCAAAUUUUUACAAAAGUUGAUGUUUGAAAAAACUAAUUGAUGUUGGUUACAGAAAAAGUUUAUGAGAUUGAAUCAAACAAAAUUUUAUAUUGAAUUAUGUGAAUUGAGAAAAAUAACUGAUGAAAUAUCAAAGAUGUUGUAAUAAUAUUGCACAAAAAAUAUCUAUGGUUGAUAUCUAAUUACUGAAGUUAUAAUUUUUUUGAAAAAUUUGAAAAGUUAUAACAGAACAAGAUUCAAAAUUGGUAUCUUUGGAUAAUAAGCCCAAACAUCCUAUCAUAUGCUAUUUGGCAAAGGAAUAUAUUUUGGAGUUUUAAAGUUUAAACUUAUGAAUUGAAGUGCCUAGCAGAAUUUGUUGCAUAUUAAGUUCUAAUAUUUGAUAAAUGGCCAUUGUGAUUAAAAUGAAUUAAAGCGCAAUGUAACAUAAUAAUGAUCACAAAAAUAUUCUUCAAGGUGAUAUCAAAUAUAAGAAUAAAAUUUAUAAACAAUUUGCAAGGUAGGAAUUUAAGCCUAGUAUUUAUAGAUAACAACAAAAAAGUUUUAUCAGUUGUUGUAAUGCUGCAUAUUGUUGAAUCAAUGUAAAAUUCAGAUUAAUUGUAAAUAUUGUUAUUAUAUCAGUUACUAAUUGGAAACUAAUUGAACAGCUAUUCCUAAAAUUUAAAAUUCCAAAAAAUAUUUCUAAAUAUUCCAUUAGAUCAUUUAUAGAGCAUUGUACUUGGUAUUCAAAAAGGUACCAAGUUUAAAUUUUGAUCUGGAAAACUGUUGAAAUUUUUCAAAAAUUUAAACCUAAUAUAUACUUUAACAUUUCAUCUACUAUGCUAAUAUAAUGUUUAUCUAGAGAACUAAUUUCUCUAGAAUGCAUUUUAAACUGAGAGAUAUAAAAUUUUUAAAUUUUCAAGCAUGUUGAAUAAUGAUUAAAAAAUGAACAUUUGAGAAAAGCUUGUUCUUCAAAAUAUAUUAUUAAAAGAUUUGUGUGGGGUAAGAUUUUUGUUACAAAAUUUUUAUAUUUGAAAUCAUACCAUGUGUUAAGAAAUGUUUUUAAUAUUACUUAUGAGGUAUCCUGAUAAGUUAGGAAUCUUUGAACAAUAUAAAUUAAAAUGAAAUUAUUUAAGGAAUUAAUCAGUGAUUUUAUUUGGAGAUUUAAAAAAGAAUGCUAUUUAAUUUUGUUCUUUCAAAGUACUUAGGUUAACAUUACAGUGAAAAGUUAAUGAUUGAUGAUAACUGAAAUUUUGGAAUGCUAAUAAGUAUUUUGAAAGGUUUUGUUUUAAUCUAACUUAUUUAAUAUAAAUUUUAUAUGAUUUAAUAUUUAUUUAAGUAUUUUUCAAUUAUAAUUUAUAAAGUCUAGAAUAUUUUAAACUAAUGAGGAGUUAUAAUCCUAGAAUUAUUAUGGUAGAUUUAAAAAAAUAAGUAAAGCUGCUAAUUACUUCAAAUCUUCAAAAUUUCUUUAAAAAUUUUUAAUUUCUAUUUAAAAAGUACACAAAAAUACAAAAAAUCUAAUAUUUAUCUUAAGUGAAUCAUAGUCAACAGUUAGGUCAAAUUAAUACAUUUUUGUGAUGCUUAGAUUAUUCUUAUUUAUAAAAUUUUAAGCCAGUCUUGGACUUAAAACAAUUAUUUUAUUGUUUCAUCAAUUUUUUGCUUUGCUAAAAAACAAAAAACAGUAACAAUAAAAGAAUUGUUGUUUAAAUCUGAGGUUUGUGACUGAUUUUAAAUUCAGUGAACGAAAAGAUGCCAGUGUCCAACAAGUGUGAAAUAUAUAUUUUUAACAUGAAUUUGAAGUUUUAGAAAUAUGUCUAAUGGUAUUGGCCAUUUAGAAUUUAAAGUUUAGUUUUUGAUGUAUAUUCUAUAAAGCAGUGUUUCUCAAACUAUGGGUUGCAAAAUGAUACAAGUAUUUCUGCAGAAUGUAGUAAUAUUUGUAUUAUUGAAACAGUCUCUAAGAAUUAGGAACAGUAAAUACAUCUGUUAAGUACUGCAUAUUUUUUAACAACUUUUUUCUUAUAAUUAUUAUUGUCAUUUAGUAAUAAAAUUAAAAUUAUAGAAUGUGUGUAUAUGAAAUUGAUUUUGCUUUUUUAUUUUGAGUAACAUCAAAAUAGAUAUUUUAUGUAAAGUUGUAGUCAUAAAGUCAUUUAAGUUGCAAUGGUUUUGAAAAUAUUUUCUUGUUUAUUCAAACUUUUAGAUUUAUUGUCAUACAUAACAAUAAAUUAUUAAAAAAAAUAAUAAUGGAUGGAUUUUGGCACAGGUGGAUCAAUAAAUAAUUUUUAAAGAAUAUUUUUAUCAAUAAUGCAUAAUCUUAUUUUGUUAUAUAAUAUCCAGUGACUCCAGUUUACCAGGUUUUUAAAAAAAAUUUAGAUUAUGAACAUUUGGAUCAUGGAACCAUUACAAACAAAUAUAUUGGGUCAGGCGAGUAAAAGUUUGAGAAAUGCUGCUAUAAAGUAUUGAAGUUUGAAUAUCUAUGUAGACAUAGUCAACUUCUUAAUCAUAAAGAUCCUAGAACACACACACUAGUUCUGAAAGUAUUUAGAGUACGAUUUUAUUUACUUUGAACUUCUUUAUACCUUGAAGUGUUUGCAUUGGUAUCAUUUUCUGAAUUUAGUUUAAAGUCAUCUUUAAAAAUUAUAUGAUACUUCUGAAAAUUAUUUUGAGUUUAAGUAUUAAUAUUGUAAUAUAUUUAAGAAAUUAGUUUAUGAAAUAGAUACAGUAAAACCUAUAUUAUUCAACAACUUCAAAGCUAGGAUAAGGUAAAUGAAAAAACAGAUAAUGGAAAUUUUCUAAAAGUUAUUUAUACAACAUUAAAGAUAGGCAUUUCCAACAGUGCAAAGUAAAACAAAUAAAACAUAACUUCAAACACACAUUCUGGUAUAAAUUUGUUAAAUAAUCAGUAGUGUGAUUUUGUUUCAGCACAUUCCUAGAAUGUUGAGAAUCCCUCACAGAAGCAAUGUUGAGAAUUUAAAUGCAAAUAUACCAGUUUUGUUACCUUUACUACUACCUGUAUUUUAAAAUAUUAGAUGUGCAUUUGACAGCAGAAUUUUAGUUUCAUUGUGAUUAAUUGUGGUUUUUCAUCAUUGUUAAUUUAAUUUUCUUUAAUUUCAUAUAGUUCUUCAUUGCUUAAAAGCGAUUAAGAACUAGUGACUAAAAUAAUGAUCAAAAUAAUGAUAAUAGUAACAGCAGCCUAUGUUUAUUUAAUGUAUGAUGUUACAGACAGUUGGCACAUGCUAAUAAUGAUUAGAUAAGAUGAGAUAAUCAAAAUGGUAUAUGAAAGAAGUUUUAUUGUAAUAUUUUAAUUGCUACAUUUAACCAAUUAAGUUUGAAGUCUUUUGUUAUUACUGCAUAUUGUGCAUUGUUUUGUCUAAUUCAACUAGUGUUUUAUAUUUUUUCUAUUAUCUUUAAGUAUAAUAUAUAUAUCAUUAGACAAAAUAUAUUUUAAUGUAGUCUUUAUAUUUUCAUAUUAAUUUUGAUAAAAAAAAA